UGCCGAAGACAGCUUUCAAAGUAUACCUGCCCGACAUGUAACCUCCCUUACUGCUCCUUGACGUGUUUUCGCUCUCCCGCGCACGGUGACUGCUCCGAGACGUUUUACAAGAAUGAAAUCCAACGAGAUGUUGGCGCAGACCAGAAUCUGAAAGCGGAAGAGCGGAUUAAAAUGAUGGAGAUGCUGAAGAGAUUCGAGGCGAUGGAAAACAAAGAGGACGAGGACGGGGUCGAUGGUUUGGCAGAGCGAUUUGAAGGUAUUGACCUCGACAACACAGAUGAACUUUGGAGUCGUCUAACACCUGCCGAGCGCACCAAAUUCCUGAACGCCGUUGCCGAUCCUUCCAGCGAGCUCGCUCGAUCGCUUCUCGCAUCUGAAGAAUAUGAACGUUCUCCGUGGUGGGAA